AUGAAUACAUAUCCACAAUCGUAUAAUUUCUAUGCAUCAUCACCAUCAUUACCAUGUUUGUACACUGAUUUCAAUACACCUGCAUCAUCGUAUUGUACAUGUUGUUGUUCAUCAACUCCAUAUUAUCCUCAACAAAUAUCACCAACAUUCAUAUUUUCCCCACCGACUUCUCCUUUCACUCCUCAACAUUCUCAGAUUCAAACUGAACAAUCAUCUUCAAAAAUUACACGAUUACAAUAUACAAAUAAAGAUCGUUAUAUACUCAAUGAAUUAUUCAAACGAACACCUUAUCCAAAUGCUAUACAACGUGAUUUAAUUGCUCAAAAACUUGGUAUAACACAAGAACAAAUACGUAUAUGGUUUCAAAAUCGUCGUCGUUUACAAACACAACGUGAUACUGGUGAACGAUUAGCAACAGCUAAUGAAAUGGCAGCUCUACAACAAGGAAAAACAUGUGUAAAUUCAAAUGAAUUAAAGACAUUACUUAAUGAAGUAGCUCAAUAUAAAGAUGCACCACCACGACUUCGACUUAAUGAAUCGUCCUAA